AUGUAUCAACUCUCGCAACUCGUAGCUUUGGCUGCCACCCUGUCAACAGUGAUGGGCGCCUACCAGGGCUUCAACUAUGGCUCCUCGUUCACCAAUGGCGCUGCCAAGCAACAGUCUGACUUUGAAGCCGAGUUUCGAACAGCCCAAGGUCUCGUCGGUGCUCCUGCUGGAGGCUUCACCAGUGCACGACUAUACACAAUGAUUCAAGGGGGUACGGUGAAUGCUCCCAUCUCGGCUAUCCCAGCUGCGAUUACUACCCGAACAUCGCUGCUUCUUGGUCUAUGGGCUUCUGCUGGUGAUGCUGCGUUCACCAACGAGCUUCAAGCCCUCAGCUCUGCCAUUCAGCAGUACGGAACUGCCCUUGGCAGAUUAGUGGCUGGCAUUUCGGUGGGCAGCGAGGAUCUGUAUCGCAUCUCGCCUACCGGCAUUGAGAAUAAGGAGAACCCCGGAGCCGCACCUCUCACGAUUGCCCAUUAUAUCAAGCAAGUCCGUGACAUCAUAGCUCACACAGCUCUGGAUGGUGUCCCGGUAGGCCACGUUGAUACCUGGACCGCCUGGGUCAACAGCUCCAACCAAGUGGUGGUGGAUGCUUCGGACUUUCUCGGCUUCGAUGGCUACCCUUAUUUCCAGAAAACGCAGCAGAACGACAUCGGCCAUAGCAAGUCCCUUUUUGAUGACGCUCUGAGCGCCACCAAGGCUGCAUCCCAAGGCAAGCCGGUGUGGAUUACGGAAACGGGCUUCCCUCUUAGCGGCAAAACCAUGGGCCAAGCCGUCCCUAGCAUCGCCAAUGCCAAAUAUUACUGGGACCAGGUUGGCUGCCCUCUGUUUGGCAGCACCAAUGUUUGGUGGUACACGAUGCAAGACUCUGCCCCGGCGACUCCAAAUCCCAGUUUUGGUCUGAUUGGUAGCACAUUGACGACGACUCCUCUCUUUGACCUCUCUUGUAACAGUAGCAAGCUGAGCCAAACCACUUCUUCUUCGAUCAGUCUCGCUUCUGGAGUUAGCAUUGCUUCGUCGCAAUCGGAGAAGUCGACGGUGACAAGCGCCAUCACAUUUCUCGCCCCCGUUUCCAGUCUUGCUUCAAACGGUACAAUGACUGUGGCUAGCUUGCCAUCAGGUACUAGCACAGCUGCGAGUAGUGGAAAGGCAAGCUCCAUCAAGGGGUCGAUGGGGGAUGUGAUUGUUGUUGUAAUGAUGGCGAUGGCUCUUUUUGGUCCGUGA